CCUCCACCACAACCCCUUUUCUCUUUCUCUCCUCCCGUCUUUCCUCCACUUCUUUCUCCUCUUUCCCUCCACGCACCUGUUUCCCCCCCCUGGCCCUUUUCCUCUCGUUUCCUCCAUUUCUUUCUCGCCCUGCCCCUCCACACACCUGCCUCCCCCUUACUUUCCUUCCACUUUUCCUCCACUUCUUUCUCUUCCUGUCUCCACGCAUCUGCCUCUCCAUCUUUCCUUCCUCUCCGCCUUUUCCAUAAUCCCUCCUCCUCAUCGACCCUUUUCCUCUUACUUUCCUUCCACUUUUCCUCCACUUCUUUCUCUCCCUGUCCCCUCCACGCACCUGUCCCCUCCCUUCCCUCCUUCUCACAGGUAUACGAGUUAGAGCGACGCUUCAAGCAGCAAAAGUACCUGAGCGCACCUGAGAUCGAGCAGCUGGCCGCCCUCAUCCACCUGACGCCCACACAGGUGAAGAUCUGGUUCCAGAAUCACAGGUACAAGAUGAAGCGCGCGGCCAAGGAGAAGUCCAUGUCCGACCCUAAUUCAUCAAGCUCACAGUCGGUCGGGUCGCCGCGGAGGGUGGCCGUGCCCGUCUUGGUGAAGGACGGGAAGCCUUGCCCUACCGGCGAUGACCACGACGCGCCCACGCAGUCCACGCCCUCAUCCACGCCCCACGCCUCGCAGCCCGUGCACCACGCCGCCCAGCAUCACCCCGAGCAUCACCACACGCCCACCUCAUACUCCGGCUCCGUGCAUCUGUCUGGCUCCCACGUGAUCAGUGAGCUCGGCGGCGGCUGCUCCUCGCCCAUGAUGACGGAGCCUGUGGUGGGCGGGGGCGUCUCCUCCACCGCCCCCGCCUGCCUGCCCCCGGUCUCCUCCAUCAGCGGGGAGUACGCGCGCAUGACGCCCCCAACUCACCACAUGGUCACGCCCCCCGCCACGCCCCACAACCCCCCCAACAUGUGCUACUUCCCGUUACAAAGUCGCACCUGGUGAACUUAACCCGUUUAGUAAGCCGAUCUACCUGUCCGACCUACCUACCUGUCCACACCUGUACCUGUUCCGGUCUCUUUCCUUGCACCCUAAACCUUUUCCUGUCUCUCUCUACCUGUCCAUUUCUGUACCUGUGUUUGUCUUUCCUUGUACCGUAACCUUUCUUCCUGUCUCUCUCUCUGUCUAUAUUCAUACCUGUCCUAGUAAUUAUUUUCCUUUGACCCUUGAUGUCUGUACCACUCUACCUGUAUCUCUCUCUCCCCCCGUCCGCCUCUACCUCUUCUUGUACUUGUCUUCUACAUGUAUAUCUGUCUUCUCCUUGCUCUCAUUCUUCCCUCCACCUUCCUGUCUCUAUUCCUCUCCUUCAUCCUAUCCCCUCCUAGUAUUGCUUCCAUUCUUUCUUAGUAUUCUCCUCCCUCCUCUGUCUCCUCCCUUCUACCUCCCUCCCUGUCUCGUCUAUCAUCUUCUCCUGUCCUCUUCUUGAAUCUUCACCUCCACUCUCUGCCUAGUACUACCUCCACCCCCUAGUCCUCCCGCCCCCCCACCCCCCUAGUGUUCCUCCUCCCGCCGCCUCCAUGCACCCUUCCCGCAAGCCCUCCACGCCCUGGUAUUUUUAGGUAGGUUUAAAAAUGGAAACUCGAUUAUUUAUACUAUUUUUAGGAUUGAUAUUUUAGGAGUCUGUGUAUCGACUUGUCUCUUUCUCUCUAUCUCUCUCUCUCUUCAUCUCUCUCUUCUCAUUAUCAUCUUGUUUUUCCUUCAGCAUAUUCAUUUAUAUUUCUUAUUUAUUUCACUCAUUCCUCCUUCCUUCCUAUUUUCCCAUGCUCCCUCCCUCCCUCCCUUCUUCCAUCCCUCCCUCCCUUGAACAACACUCCUCCACAACACUUUCCUUAAAUCUCGGUUCAGCCUUUCCCUCCACAAUGACCACCAAAGGACCCGUGUGAAUCUGUCCCUUGUCUCCUCCCGUUAUCCCAUCUCCCUGCCUCCUCCUACCCCUCCUCCUCCCAUUCUCUCCUCUCCUUCCCUCCUUUCCCUUACCUCGUCUAUUCCUCCUUUUCCCCCUUUGUUUCUGUCUUCUUCUUUCUCCACAUUUCAUUUUCCUCUACUUCCUUUUCCUUUGCCUCUUGCCCCUUUCCCUUUUCUUUUCUCCUCCCCUUCUCCCUGUUGUUCUCCCCCCCUCCCCUCUUUCCCCCUUCCUCCCAGUCUACUGUUCGGACCUACCACUGCACACACGCACGCACACACGCCCGCACGCAAAUUAAGUCCUGAAGUCUAUGUUUGGGGGACUUGAACCUAAAUGGCGAGGCUCUGCAGUUCCGAAGCUUCAUUUGCAGACCCAAAGCUUCGAAAAGUUGUUUCAUACUCACCCGAUGUUUGCCCAAGUCCUCUGUGUGUGUGUGUGUGUGUGUGUGUGUGUGUGUCCAUUUCACCCUUAGGAAGGAAGGAAACUUUCUAUUAUUGUAACUUUUUUUUUUUUUUGGUUUAGCGUUUAAGGAAAAUUUUUUGGAGGAAAAAAAAUGGAACAAAAAAAAAUCAUCCCUCAUAACAGGUCAGUAAUGUACACACAGUAAUGUACACACAAAAAUGUACACACAAUUGCGUACACACAGUAAUGUACACACACACACGAACAAGCUACCAGUGUCUUGUAAGUAUGUAUAGCGUCUAUGUAUGUAUAUAUGUGCGUAUGUAUGCAUCCACGUAAAUGUACACCGACGAAAAAGGUCAGUUGUGUACACAUGCAUGCGUCACACAUACACACGUACACACACGCAUACACGAGGUAGAGGUAACACCAAACAUUGUUAACAGCAAAGUAUUUAUAGUUGUCACGUGAUCGCCGAACGACCUUGACCUUGUUCCUCUGUUAGUCAUAACGCCAAUAAGUCACCUUGUACGAUAACGUUAAUUAACUCUUAAGACGCGCAGGUGAGGCUUGGUGACGCGACGGAGACUCCGCCAACCAAAAUUUAUCAAACAUAACAGUCACGUAAAGAGUCAAUCCUCCGGUAACACAGAUGGGAACGUCUUAGUAAACGACUCCACCAAUGAGAAACCAAGAAAUAAUGUAAUUGCAACCCGCCACUGUAGGGGCAAAUGCAUCAGCUCCCUCAAAUGGCUGGUGGAUGAGUUGAACUGCUGGAGGACAACUGACAACGAUAACAGAUCUACAGUUAAGAGAAAACAUUCAUCAACUCCGCCAGUCAUUAGUGGAGAAAAUUAGUCGAGAAGCUCAAUUGGUGGAGUACAAACAUCACACUGGUACUCUCCACUAAGUCCCUCUAAGACCAGCGGAGGAGAGAUCACCCACAGUGGCGCCACCAGCCUCCACCAACGCCUUCAGUCACUGGUGGAGGCGCUUGGAUGGAGGAGCAGGACACACGCGCCGCCAAGCCUCGCCUCCACCAGGUCGAGUCCACGGCUGAGACUCGAGGCUCAAGGCCCAAAGAGACCUGCCCGCGGGAGCCCCAACGAGGGCGUCCCGAGGCGGGGGAGAGGCACUCAAAGCGCCUUGUUCUGCCUUAUCUCAGUGUCCCUCCUCGCACCAGGGCCGGCAUUACUAGCGGGGUAGUGGUAGUGAUAGUGGUAGGGGGUAGUAGGCAAGGAAGUGGUGGUUGGAGUAGUGGUGGGGACGGGGAAGGUUAUGGGAGUGGUGGUGAUGGUGGUGGUGGUUAUGGUAGCGGUGGUGAUGGUGGUAGCAGUGACUUAGGUAGUGGCAGAGUAGUGUUCGUGGUAGUGACGGAAGGUUAGGGAGGGUGGCAGUAGUGUGUGAAGGGGAGGGGGACGGUUGAGGCCAGCCGAAGAAUGCUCGGCAAGGGAAGUAGUAACAGUAGCAGUCGUUUCAGGGACGGUAGUGUCGUAACAGUGAUAGUCGCGUACGUUAGUAAUUUGGACGUGUUCGUGCGUCACUCACGUCACGCCGUCAUGAUCGAACGAAAGAAUGAACGAACGAACGAACGAAAUAACACAACACUUGGGCAUUGGGAGGGAGGGAGGGAGGGAGCGAGGGAAGACUGGAAUUGUGGGGGAUUGUAUCCACUUUGAGAAGAGAGAGGAAAGAGCGGAGAAGGAGAGCGAAAGGAGAGGAGGCCAGGGCGAGUGGAGGCGAGAGGGAGGAAGAUGUGCUCUCCGUUCACAAAGGAAGCGUUUCUGCCAGGCGACGGAAUCCCAAUCAAAGGAAAACUUGGAACGUGGGAAAGUAGCGACGUUGAGGCCACCACCACCGCCCCCGCCGCCGCCACCGCCGUCGCCGCCCCCCCACCACCACCAUCACCACCACAACAAAGCCCGCCACCACCAGUGACAUCACCACUAUCAAUGCAUCCACCAAGAACACUUAGAAAUCAAUCGCCAGCACCGUUACCACCAUCACCACCAUCGCUACCACCACCACCGCUGCCGCCGCCGCCGACGAAGCAAUAGACAUCCUCAGGGUAGCUGUUCACCGUUGUCUCCGCCGAGCGUCUCCGCGUCACGCUGAUCACGGCGACGCAACGAACCUUCGCUCUUGUACAUACACUGUUAAUGCCAGGCUCGGGGGGGAGGGGGCGCAACGAUGGGGAAAGGGAGGGGAGGAGACGGGGAGGCAGGGGGUAGGGGGUGAGGUGGGAGUGGGGUGGCUGGUGGGUGACUGUAAGAGGGAGAUGCGCCCCUCCCGCCCCUCAACCCAAGCCACACACGUCGGGCAUGACCCAGCACCGGAAGGCGUCCCUGGCACUCCCGGGGCCGCGCAUCACGUUCCUGCCGCCGCCACACCGGCCUGCCACCCCCGUGCCUGGGAGAGGGGGGGGCGGCUCUUCCGUCAGCAUCGAACACACGUAACACUCGAGUCAGGCAAAAACUGCGAGGGUCGUGCCGCGGCCCAUUAGCGCCGUGGACAGCCCGGCGGCGCUAGGCGGCCUGAGCCCCUUGAGGACGCGGCGGCUCGUGUAUCUUUCAUUACCACGAGGCGAGGCCGCUCCCCGCCGCGCCGGGACAAUGCUCCACGCUGUCCUAAAUGCUCAAUGCAGAUGAUAAUCAAACAACGCUCCGAAAAUGUGUCGGGGCGAGUGGCGGCGGCGGCGGUGAUGGUGGAGGCAGCAGUAGGGGUGUCCCCCAAUCCGCGCUUGCGUGCCGCCGCCACCGCUCAGCAUCGCCGGUUGGGCGGAGGCGCCGGUGAGCCUGGAGGCGGACACGAGCGGUGCCAAGCGGCGUCGCCCGGCACGCCCCUGACCCCGAGCCGCGAGCGAAACACAAACUGUCACGGCGUCGCGGCGCCUCAACUCACCCUGAGGAGGCGCGGCGCCUCGUCCCUGUCCACCUGAACACACAGGCGUCCCGGGCACGCACAAGGCGGUGGCGGCGGCGGCGGUGGCACCUCCCUUCGGCGUCGCGUGCAGCUCCCCACCGCCACGCACUGCCGGCCCGAGCAGCCCCACAGUGAGCUGCUGUAGUGUCUUCGCGUCCGGUACAUGUAUAGAUACAUAUCCAUGUAUAUAUACAUAUACAUACCUCUAUACAUCUUAGACAGACCCAUGUAACUGUAGCACGCGGUAUAGUGCUGUCAUAGUGCCAAACGGUGUUGUUGUACAUACGCGUAGUUUGUAUAAAGGUGUACAGACAGACAGACAGACAGACAGAUAGCAUUGUACUGUGGGCACAUUCCUUCACCUUGGAUCCAUUAACUUAAAGGUUAUGCACUUGAAGCCUAAGUUUAGUAUUUAAUUGUUAAGACUGUGAGUGACAGUAUUAGCGGCGGGGACGCGGGGUCCGCCGCCCCCGCCGCCCCGCCCGGCGCUGCGGCCGCGGCCGCGUCGGCAACCCUGCGCGGUCGCCGCCGCCGCCGCACCUGUUGUUAGGCCACUGGACAACGUGAAUCUAAACACCAACAAGUCUUUCACAGAGAUUUAGUGUAUCGAGGAGGCAGUUUUCAGGUGAUGGGAUGUCUGCCGCGGGGACACACACACACACACACACACACACACACACACACACACACACACACACUUGAGCGCGCGCGCGCACACACACACACACACACACACACACACACACACACACACACGCCCUAGUCACGCCCGAGAGCCAGUCAGCGGCGCCCCGCCAGCCACGCUCAGCCAAUCAAAAUGCCUUCCUGCAGUCCUAGCGUAAGACCCUCGCGGCAGACCACACACCCUCGUGACCUGGGAGGGGGCGUGCACGGGGCACACCCACCCCGAGGAGGUGCGGGGCCCCCACACCCUCCGGAGUGGCCUGCACAGGCUCAUGGUCCUGCACCAAAACCCAGCAGGGUGUAGCGGACACCGGCAGGCAGGCCACACCCAGGGGCUUUGACCCGGGGCGGGGGGCAGCGGGGGCCGCCGUGACCACCCCGGGGCGCGGACCCUCGGGGCACCUCCCCUCCGCUCUAGAUGAUAUAUAAAGGUUCCCCCAUUUUUAGUACAUAGAUAGAUUUUUGAAGAAAUAAACGAAUAAUUCUC